AUGCCUGGCACGGUGAUGGCAAUGCUGGCGGCUUUUCGACCCUUCACCACUCAGAAGGCGCUCCUGUCCAUGUUGACGUUGUCGGCAGCACUGAGCAUCGCCUGGUCGGUGUUGGCGUACGAAGCGUGGGACCUUCUCCAUGGGACACUGGAUGUUUCUGUCAGCGUGGCCCUCCGUGUGGCCUUCUACGGCACAGAUUUUUUUCUCGCCGCAACGACGUUCACGCUCUACACCAUCCUCGCCAAAUUUUGGGCAGACCUGGCCUUCUCCGCAAGGCAGGGGGCAGGCGCGUCGCGGCCAUUGGGGGGGGGCGAUGAGUACAGGCCACGAGGGACGCCGACGCUAAUCUGGAAGAUCACGCGAGGCGUGCAGCGUGUCUCCAGCACCGUCGUGUUCGCAGCUGCUGCUCUUGCGACAGUGUUUCAAGCAGUGCUUGUGACACUCGAUUCUAUGUAUCUGAACCUGUGGACGGCAUACGUGGAAGGUGGUGUGUUCAUCCUCGCGGCCUUCGUCAUGGUCACCGCUGCCUACUACGCUGUCGUGGAGUUGAGGCUGGUACCCAUCGAGCUGCCUACCCGUCGACGCCGGGUUUUCCGUGUGGUAGCGAUGACAGGAUCCGUCGCCGUCUGCCUGGUCUUGCGGGCAGUUGUGCUGGUGUGGGCGGCGGGCAAGCCCAUUUUCGUCAACACCGACUUGGAGAUGUUGGCGCUUCUCGGCUACUGGGUUCUCCUCGUGGCGUUGCCGUCGUCGAUCGUCUUGGCGUACAACAGAGUGGUUCCCCUGUCGAGCUACUCGGGAGGGCGAGGAGGGACGGGCAACGUUAGCCUACGGUGGACGGCCCCAGACGAAGAAGAGGAAGAGCCCUUGAUACCACCCGGAAUCGCAACCGGAACUCGUUUCGACGGCUCGAAUACCUUCGCGGGUAGCCGCCUUCCCACUGUGCACAGCUAGAUCCGCGGCGGGUUAGAGUGGACACCGCGGACGCUUGACCCUUGACACGGAGUUGACUCAGCGAAGACCAUGUAGUACUACUAUGUACUCGGUGUUGUGUUGAAGUUUCGGUACGCGCCGUCGCGGGGUUUUUGUCUUUUCAGAGGCCGCUCGGUGUGUCCUUCCUUGUGUUUCAUGGCUGGGCUUGUAAUGGCGUAGGUACGUAGCCUUCGUUUUCUGUGUUUAGUAUGUUUCUUGACGCGGUUUGAUCCCUUCAAACAGCGAUUGGUAGCGUUGGUUGGCGAGAAUUGUCACGAACAAGCGCGCUCUUGCUGUUUGUCACCGAGGUAUGCAUAUUUGCGAACACCACUUGUGGGGAUUUCUCAUUAGGAUAAACACGUGCAUUGUCACGGGGGGUUAGAUGACGAAUGGGACGUAUCCGUUGGACCGCACGCUUGAGCGUCGUGGAGGGGUACGUUGAGUCUCUGGCCCUCCGGUUUGGUGCUGCAUUGGUGUGCCCCAUGCUUGCGGCAGAGGUGGCCGGACUGACCACCGCUACCUGGUACCCCCAGUACUUGUGACCAAUGCGAACAGCAGUAGGAGUGUUGUAGGGAUUUUCUAGAAUGCGGCUGAAGAACGGUUUGGACGCCACCGCCGUUAUGCAACAGGAAGUGGGUGCUAGUUGCGUGUGCGUGCAUGAAAUGAGAAGAUGGAACAGAGUGGGGGUGUCACGUCGCUGGUGCCUGCAGUUGUUUAGUUGAAACGUCAGACUGACAUAAUCGAAGCUCACACCGUCC